CAUCUGACUUGUUUUAAAGUUACAUUUCAAUUAAAGCAGUUUACAUUUCAACGAGUUACAUUUGAAUGAAUGUAAUUUACAUUUUAAUUAACCUGAAAUUACAUAUUGGUUCACGCAAUUUACAUUUCAUAUAAUUUUGGGAGCACCAUGCUCAUGCUACAACCGUACCACAGUAUACGUACUGGCACACUACUGACACGUAAUAUGUUCGGAGCACUAGUAUGAUACACUGGUACCCUACCUUCUGAUGUAGGCGUCUAAUUAGGAAAACUUGCCACCUGCCAAGUUGAAAGCCCCUAGCUAUGGCGGCAGAGAUAACCCAAACUGCUUCACCGUGUUCAAUUAGUUUUCCCUCUUAUGUUUCCCAUUGAGACUCUUCUUUAUCUUUCUUCUCAUCUUCCAUGACGGAAUCUACCGCCCCGGCGUGAAUUCUGCUUCUUCUGUCCUCCUCCUCUUAGCCUGCUUCUCCUCACACUCUGUAAUUCCUUCCACUUCUUCCAUUCCUCCCCCGUCUCCACUCUCCACUCGCAGGGAAGAUGCCCUUACCAAUCUCGGAUUCGACGCUGUCUCCGGCAGGGAUUCUCCGGCGGCUCAUCUGAUAGUGUAUAACACUCGGGAAGAAAUGCAACUAUAGAAGAAGACCCGACGAGAUUCAUGGAUGUAACACUUGAGAUUAAUAUAAAAGGAUUAAUAGUACUACUCAUACCAACAAAGGUGUAUCUCCAAAGUAAAGCGUGCUUGCGCGGGAGUAGUCUUGAGAUGGGUGUCCCCUGGGAAGUUUCUCUGGACGCACACGAAUGAAGACAAAGUGCGCGAUAAAGACUUGUGGUAUUCUUAAAAAUUGCACGCUUUUUGUAACACGCUUGUGGGGGUGUUAUGUUUCCUCUCAAAGUGCACUUUGAGUUCCCACAAAAGCGUCCUAAUAUUCUAAUUCUUCAAUGCGUCCUAAUAUUCUAAUUCUUCAAUUUGGGAGAAGGGAGAACUAUUAACUGACAUAUUGAAAUCAAUAAGGCAAUAUUUAGAAAAUGCUCUUGUUGAUUCUUCCCAAGUAGGCUGGAUAGCACGAACGCUAUUCGGGCUAGCUAUGUCACUUGGUGACAAUGUUCCCUGGGUUGACCCCAAGUAGCGGAGAUGUGCCGAAUGCUGUUCGGGCAUCCUGACCGGGGUGUCUUGUACCGCUUUGGGCCACUUAAGGCGCCGAAUGAAGGAAGAAGAUGAAGUGAAGGCGAUCCGACCUCCUCAUAAACCGCCGCCGGUGGUUCUUGGAAGGUUGAGUGAAGAAAUUUAUUUUUUUGCUUUUAUUUAUUUUAAUGGUCUGAAUUUAUCUAUGUUUGUUUGUUGUUUUAUCUCUUUCGAUUGUAAGACUGUGUUUUUGAAUUUGGAUGUGGCUGAUGGAAUGACCUCGAUAACCGUCCUUUGUUCAUUUGUGCCAUUAAUGGAUUAACUAGUUAUAUUGCUGCAGUGCUAAACUUUGAGUCUGAUUCGAGGGACGACAGUUGUCGGAAGUUUUUGUCGAAUACUCGAAUUACCUACUAUCUGAAUGAUGCGUUAUCAAUUUAAGCCGAUUUCUUAAAAAAAAACAGUUUACUUACAUAUUCAUUCAUAAUAUUAAGAUAAGACAUGAAAGUUUGAUCCAUUUUUUUUUUAAAUUAGAGACCUUUUUAAUAGGUUGGUGUUUGCUGCCAUACCCGCGACGUCGCCGGACGGAAUUCGCCAGCACCUCUUAAUUUCGCCGGACCCAUACCAUCAUCUUCAGUACUCUAUAGUAACUAACUCAGCAAAUAGAAUAAAGAGAGUGAAGAGCAUUGACUGAGUUUGAAAUAACCAGGAGAACGGAAGAAUUAACUCGGCAAUCAAACUCAUAGCGGCUCUGAUAUCUUUUCAUGAUUCUAUCCUUUGGAAGAGGUGUGAGAAAUCAAUAACAAUCAGCUUCUCUCACUGGUCGGCGUUCAAAUUCACCUCCGUAUGGUUAUAAUGCUUGCGAUUUUCGGCACCUGAGAUGCUGUAUUUCUCCAAUCAGACACUGAUAUUAUGAAUAGAGAAGAUUUAGGGAACAUAAUGACUGUAAGAGAAAAGCCAACAUGUGCGGCUGUCCUGAAGAGCAAUGCUCACCACAAUGAUGAAAGAGAGCCUAGCCUUGAACCCUGUGUUGGCUUGGAAUUUGAUUCAGCAGAAGAAGCACAAGAGUUUUAUAAUCUCUACGCAACAAAGGCUGGAUUCAGGAUCAGAAUUGGUCAGCUGUACAGAUCCAGAAUUGACGGCUCGGUAAUUUCUCGAAGAUUUGUGUGUUAUAAGGAAGGGUUCCAGACCAACACAAGAGUUGGCUGUCCGGCUUUCAUAAAGGUACAGAAGGGUGAUUCUGGAAAAUGGGUCAUAUGUAGUAUCAACAAGGAACACAAUCACGAACUCCAACUCCCUGGUGAAAUUUCACCCACAAAAAUCCACAGAAAAACGCCUCCCACUCCAAGAACGUCUCGAGUGCUGUUAGCUAGGACAGGUCUUAGAUCACUUGAUGAGGAUGGACCAUCCGGAUUGCUUGACGCUAAACGGAUUAGAAGGGUUGAAGAUGAAGAAGAGGUUAGCGGUGAGCCUAAAGGUGAAGAACCAUGCAAGGGUCUUGAGUUCACUUCUGCCAACGAAGCAUACAAGUUUUACAGCGCAUAUGCUGCUAAGACAGGGUUUAAAGUGAGGAUCGGUCAGCUAUUCCGUUCCAAGCUUGAUGGAUCAAUCACAUCGCGAAGAUUUGUGUGCUCUAAAGAAGGACAUCAGCACCCUUCAAGAUUGGGGUGUGGGGCAUUCAUGAGGAUACAAAGGCAAGAGUGCGGGAGAUGGAAGGUUGACCGCUUUCAAACCGAACACAACCAUGGAUUUGAUGUACCGGACACUUCGGUUUUAUUCAAAGAGGAAGGAAGCAGUGGGUUAGAUAAUUUGGAUUUCAUUGAUUCGAACGGUGACCUCACCAUCGUCCUCCGUGACCGUGAAGAUAAAACUGGAAGCCAUUGGUACAAUGUGCUUCUAGAGUAUUUCCAGACCCGGCAAGCGGAGGAUACUGGCUUCUUCUAUGCAGUCCAGAUGUGUGAUGGCAGGAUGAUGAAUCUUUUUUGGGCAGAUGGACGGUCAAGAUUUUCCUUCACCCAAUUUGGGGAUGCCGUGGUGUUCGACACUACUUACAGGAGGGGCGGUUAUUCAUUUCCGUUUGCCUCUUUCGUUGGGGUUAAUCAUCAUAGGCAACCCGUACUCCUUGGAUGUGCCUUGAUUGCUGAUGAAUCUGCAGAGUCUUUCACAUGGGUGUUCCAAGCUUUGCUAAGGGCAACGUCCGGGAGGCGCCCCGUGUCUAUUAUAGCUGACCAGGACUGGCCCAUUCAACAUUCGAUUUCCCAGGUUUUCCCCGGAACACAUCACCGCUUUUCUGCAUGGCAAUUCUUUUCAAAGGAGCAAGAACACUUGGGUGGGUUACUCUCUCUGGAUCCAAACUUUAAGUUUGAGUAUGAAACCUGCAUUUUCCAGAGCCAAACAGCACACGAGUUUGAUGCGGCGUGGAAUAUUCUCAUAAAUAAAUAUAACCUGAAGGACGACAUUUGGUUGAAAGAUAUGUCGAGGAUGCGUAAGAGUUGGGUUCCUUUGUACAUUAAAGCCACGUUCUUUGCUGGUAUACCAGUGGAUGGAAGCUUGAAUUCAUAUUUUUCCCCAAUUCUAUCUCCCCAAACGCCUCUCAAUGAAUUUAUACCACGUUACGAAAAGGCCAUUGAGGAACGACGAGACGAAGAGAGGAAAGAAGAUUUCAACUCGUUAAAUCUGGCGACGGUUCUUCACACAAAAGACCCCAUUGAAGAGCAAUGCAGGAGGUUAUACACCACAACAAUGUUCAAAGUGUUUCAGAAAGAGCUUUUGGAGAGCUAUGGCUAUGUAGGGAUAAAGAUAAAUGUAGAAAGCGCCAUUACUAGGUACUUGGUCCAGAAGUGUGGGCCCAAUUCAGAUGAAAGGAGUACAGUUGCCUUCAAUGCUUCGAAUCUUAAUAUAAGUUGCAGUUGUAAGAUGUUUGAGUUUGAAGGGGUACUCUGUAGGCAUGCCUUGAAGGUGUUCCAGAUGAUGAAUGUGAGGGAAGUUCCAUCUCGAUAUGUAUUGCAUAGGUGGAUGAAGAAAGCGAAGAAUGGCAUCUUAAGGGAUGUGGAGUCCGCGGGUGGUGGGUACCAAGAUUUUAGGGCACUUAUGUUGUGGAGUUUGAGAGAAGAAGCUAAUAAGUUCAUCGAGAUGGGAGCUACUAGUUUGGAGAGAUACAAACUUGCCUUUGAGAUCAUGCAGGAGGGUAACAAAACUCUCAGGUGGCAAAGCUAGGAGGGUAGUGGUCUCAAAUUUAGGUCAGGCGAAGUUCGAGAUUUGUGAAAAAGUUGACUCCCAACUCUUUAGCCGUUGAGUUUUUAUUAUAUGCUCGAGAUCGACAAUGCAGAGCCGAGGAUCCAGCGAGUGAUUUGGUAAACCAAGGGAAAAUAGUGCAUUCUUUAAACAAAUGGCUGUUGGAGAUCCCUCUUACCAACAAUACAUAGGAUUGUAUACAUUCUUUGCCUCAUUUUGUUGUACUCCGUUGUAUUUAUGUCCAAGUCUAACUCGUUCUGAACUUCUGAUGAACAAAAUAUUCUGUAUAUGUAAUUAAUGUUAUCGCAAAGGAAUAAAAAACAAUUUUAUCGAUUUGAAGUUGUAUUGACG